UUAAUGAAGUCAGGAGGACUUUUUUAGCGUGUUGGACACAAAAAAAAACCGCUAACGGUUUCACUUCCGGUCUUGGGCUUUCUUACCAGAAAAAGAUUUUGGAGAUGAAAUUCGCCGACCCUGCCGGGUUCGUCCUGCCAUCUUUGCGCUCCUUUUCCAUAGUAUUCCACCCCGAGGCAGCGGCUUGCUUGCCUCUCUCCCUGCCAAGAGCAGCUAGACGUGAUGACGGCACAUGUUACUUUCCUGUCAGUUAAUGACUUCCUUCUCCCGGGCGUGCGGAGUGAUGACACAAGAGCGCCAGUGGAGAGAGAGAGAGAGGCUCGCCUCCACCCGCCCGCACCGUCACUUCGAGCGCCGUCUCACCUGCGAGAGGCCGGAGCGAUGAGCGCCAUGGCGACGGAGAUCGCCGCCUUCCUCCUGGCCGUCUGCGGCUGGAUCCUGGUGUCGUCCACGCUGCCCAGCGACUACUGGAAGGUGUCCUCGGUGGACGGGACGGUCAUCACCACCGCCACCUUCUGGUCCAACCUGUGGAAGACGUGCGUGACCGACUCCACGGGCGUGUCCAACUGCAAGGACUUCCCCUCCAUGCUGGCUCUGGACGCGUACAUCCAAGUGUGCCGAGGCCUGAUGAUCGCCGCCGUGUGCCUGGGCUUCUUCGGCGCCACGCUCGCCCUCCUGGGGAUGAAGUGCACCAAGGUGGGCGGCUCGGAGACCACCAAGGCUCGUUUGGCGUUCCUCGCCGGGUGUCACUACCUCCUGAGUGGUCUGUGCUGCAUGAGCGCCUGCUCCAUUUACGCCCACCGGGUCACCUCCGACUUCUUCGACCCCCUCUUUGUGGCUCAGAAGGCCACUUUCUCUCUCUCUCGCCCCCCCCCGGCAGAUUUGAACUGGGAGCGGCGCUCUUCGUGGGCUGGUCGGGGUCGCUGCUUUGCAUCUUGGGAGGUUUGCUCUUCUGCCUCUCGCUGUGGGAGACCUCCAGGAUCAGACGACCUCACUCCUCCAUCAGCGCCCAAGCACGUGGCGAGCGCAGCGUGGCGGCCGGCGGCCCGCAAAAAGAGCUGAAGCCGCCUUGCAGGCACUUUGGACGGAACGCCUACGUGUGACAUCAUCUUGAUUCUCUAUACACGGGCGCCAUCUGGUGGUACGCCAAUGAAU